AUGGCGAUAAAAGCAAUGGAUGGGUUUUACUUCAAAGGCAGAGAACUAUUAGUAAAGGCCCCUUUAACUUUAGAAGAGAGAAGUGCUAUCAAAGAAAUUAAAGAAGAAAUCGCAAGCGGAAGCACAAGGCCCAUGCAACUACGCAAAAAUAAACCCACCGAAGAGGCGAAGGGUUUGUUUGGGACGGCUCCCUUUCAUAAAGACACCCAAGCUACCCUAAUAGUUCCACCUAUAGCAGCAGUAGCAGCAGCAGCAGCAGUUGCAGCAGCAGCAGCUGAAGCAGCAGGAACAGCAGUAGCAGCAGCACCCGUAGGAACAGCAGUAGUUGCAGCAACAGCAACAGCAGCAGCUGAAGCAGCAGGAACAGCAGUAGCAGCAGCACCCACAGGACCAGCAGUAGUUGCAGCAGGUGAAGCAGCUGAAGCAGCAGCAGCAGCAUCAGGAUCAUCAUCAGGAGCAGAAAAAACAUUUGAUUAG